AGGAGGGGGGUUGGUCCGGGAGAGCAUGGCCGCAGGAGCCACAGCGCUGAUGACUUGGUUUGGUUCCUGCACGUUGAUAACAGAGCUCUUCAGGGGAUUUUUAACCCGGAGAUCGUGUGCGUUUACGCGCGGAGGAGACGUUUGAUUCACUGCCUGUGUUGUUGUUGUUCGGCGGGGCAGAGGUGCUCGGGCGAGCUGCGGGGAACAAACCCGGAGCUGAAGCUGCUGGUUUUUGAGUCUUUUCGGUGAUUCACAGCCUACUGAACCAGAGAUCCAGCGCCGGAGAAAGCGACGGCACAAGGGACUGCGUCUCCACCGAGGUUUACCCUUUUGCAUCGUGGAACAUUUACUCUCUUUUUCAACUGCGUCGCUGCGCUGCUUUCUCUCUGGGAAAUUCAACCGAGUUGGAGAAACUGUUCGCCGCGCGGAGUUGAGCCGAUUGCAGAGAGUUGGUGAAUCAAGCUGAAAUCAUCUGGAUUUUUAAAUGCUUGUUUUACUUUGCCGAAAACUGCUGCUUUGAAUUAAAGUGGGGAAGAGUUUGGUGCAAAGUCAUUGAGCUGACUGUCAGACUGAUCCUAACCCGCUCUGUUUAGAGGACAUCUUUCUCGUUUUCCCCCUUUCAGCACAGAGUAGGGGGACUACGUCUGUGCGGGAAUAAAACGCGUAAAAGCUGCAAGACUUCAUCCCAAAAUAUAUUCAUCUUUAACCCUGACACUGAGGAAAGGACUGUAAUCGAUUUGGCUUCAUCGGAGUUCCACAGCAAACAUGCCGCAGGUGGAAAUGAUCCUCUUCCUCCUCCUCAUCAUUGGGAUGUGUGUGUUCGGCCAGGACCCGGCUUCCAAGGUGGUGUCCGACCGCUACGCCGUCUACUGGAACCGGACCAACCCCAAGUUUUACCGCGGUGAUUACCACAUCGACGUCUGCAUCAACGACUACCUUGACGUCUACUGUCCGCACUACAUCGGCCCGGUGUCUGACGAGCGGGCCGAGCGCUACAUCCUCUACAUGGUGAACUAUGACGGCUACAGUUCCUGCGACCACACGGCCAAGGGCUUCAAACGCUGGGAGUGCAACAGGCCUCUAUCGCCAAACGGACCGCUCAAGUUCUCCGAGAAGUUCCAGCUCUUUACUCCCUUCUCCCUGGGCUUCGAGUUUCGUCCUGGCAGAGAGUACUAUUAUAUCUCCUCCAUCACCGACGACAAGGGGAGAAGGAGCUGCCUCCGACUCAAAGUCUUCGUCAGGCCUCAGAACAAUUGUGUGAAAAACUCCGGGAGCGCGCAGGAAGGGGUCGAUUUUGACGAAAACAGCCACAACUCUCUAGAACCCAGAGACGGCAUCGGCCACGAGUCACCAGAGCCGGCCCGACGGGAUGUGAACUCUGCUGGUUGGCGCCAGACUUCAGUUCUCCUCCUAAGCUCCUCCCUCAUCCUCCUGGCUGCCAUUUUGUCUUUAUAGCGCACGAGUCAGAGGAAUCCACCGGGAAAGGACUGUCCUGAUUGGACUACAGGCCUCCCAUACCUGAACC